AUGCUGCAUGAUUCCACAGAUGAGGAUGAAGAGGUCGGUCAAAAUGAAGGCGGAGCUAUUGGUCAACAACCGCUGUCUACAAAUCGCUCAGGACCUUCAUCAACUCGAACAACAGUAUUAAAUCCAAAUUCUCCUUAUUCUAAUGUUAAUUCACCAUUAUUAACACCAAAAUUAUCUCAUGUCGAUCUAUUAUCAUCAUCCUCUAAACCUUCAUCAAUUCAUCAUCCAUCUGCACCGAGUAAUCUAUAUGCAUCACCGGCAACAUCACAUCGUACAUUAACAAGUAUACCAAUAAAUUCAACAAAUGAUUCCCCAUUAUUAUCAACACGUUCAUCAAUAAAUGUAAAUUCCUACCAUGAAACAAACCAACCAUCGACAACUAUUAAAAAUGAUUCGAAUAGUUUAAGAAGUGCUGAUUCAUCAACAUCAUCUGAAGAAUAUGUACAUCCAUUACCAACACAACCACAAUCAAAUUCAAUAUCAAUAAAAUUUCAUCCACCACAAGGACAUACAUCAAUAUCAAAUGCUGGUUAUUUAAUAACACCUUUAACAAAUACAACUAGUUCAUCAACAGGUACAACAAUAUCGAGUGCAACUGGCAUACCAAUUGAUCGUGUACCAUCACCAUCACCAUCAUUAUUAAGUGAUCGUGAACGUGAAGAAAAUGAACGCGUAGAACGUGAAUUAGAAAUAAAACGUAAACGUCUUCAAAUAUAUGUUUUCAUUUGUCGUUGUGUUGCAUGUCCAUUUAAUUCAAAGCAAUCGUCAGAUAUGGCAAGAAAACAUUUAAAAAUAAAUCUUGUUCAAUAUGGUGUUAUUAAAGAAAGAUUUUUAGCAUUUCUUAGUGGUAAAACUCAUAUUGAAGCAGAUGAAGCUUUCAUAAAUGCUGUUCGUUCAUAUUAUGAAGUAUUUCUUAAAAGUGAACGUAUUGGUAAAAUGGUUCAAUCCGGUGGUUGUUGUUCGGAUGAUUUUCGUGAUGUAUUUCGUAUAAAUAUUGAAAAACGUGUGCGAAGUUUACCUGAUAUUGAUUCACUUAAAAUAAGCAAAGAUACGGUGCUUAGUUUAUGGAUGUCAAAAUUUGAUGCUAUUUAUCGUGGUCAAGAUCAAGAUCAAGAUAAUUCUGGUCGACGUUUAUCAAAAUCAAAUUAUUUAUCAACAUCAGCUGAAUUAAUUAUGAGUAAAGAACAAUUAUAUGAUAUGUUUCAAAAUAUUUUAUCAAUUAAAAAAUUUGAACAUCAAAUGAUUUUUAAUAGUGCUCAACUUGAUAAUAAUGAUGAACAAGCUGCGACAAUUCGUCGUGAACUUGAUGGUCGAAUGAAACAAGCUGAAUCAUUACAAAGACAACGUGGUUUAAUGCCGAAAUUUGUACAUAAAGAAAUGGAUACAUUAUAUGUUGAUGAAUUAAAAAAGACAAUAAAUGAUCUUAUGAGUAAUCUUGAAAGUUUACCAGUACGUGGUGGUUCAGAACAAAAACCAUUGAGAUCAAAACGUGCUACUGGUCAUAGUCGUCAUACAAAUACGGGUAGUGGUUCAUCAUCUGGUGCUAAUUCAUCAAAUAGAUCAACACAUAAUGAUGGAAGUAAUCAUUUAGAAGAUAAUGAACCAGGUUUAUCGAAAUUAGCAUUUGUAUUAAAUUUUAAUGUUAAUAUAACUGUAAAAGAAGUUCGUGGAUUAAAAUCAAUUCCAACAAAUCGUAUUGUUUAUUGUACAAUGGAAGUUGAAGGUGGUGAAAAAUAUCGUACUGAACAUGCUGAAGCUGGAAAACCUGUUUGGGAAUCGUUAGCUGAAUUUCCAACAAAUCAAAUUUUACCUAUAAUUAAAGUUAAACUUUAUAUGGAAAAUCCAGGUAUACUUAGUUUAGAUGAUAAUAAACUUGGUAAAGUAAUAUUACAAAUUGAUCCUACAUUUAAUAAAACGAAUUGGUGGACAGAUAUGAUAAAAAAUAAAAGUACAUCAACUGAUGAAUUAAAAGUUAAAUUAGAUGUACGAAUGGAAAAACCACAAAAUCUUAAAAUGUGUGGUUGGUGCUAUGCUCGAGGUAAAAAUGUUUGGAAAACAUGGAAACGACGAUACUAUGCAUUAGUUCAGGUUUCUCAAUAUUGUUUUGCUAUAUGUAGUUAUCGUGAAAAGAAAUCUGAACCCACUGAAAUGAUGCCACUUGAAGGUUAUACUGUUGAUUAUGCUGAACCCGAUAGUGGUUUAGUUAUGAAUGAUGCAAAGUAUUUUUUUAAAGCUGUACGUGAAGGUGAUGUUGUUACAUGUGCAACAAACGAAGAAAAUGAACGACAUAGUUGGGUACAAGCAUUAUAUCGUGCUACAGGUCAGUCACAUAAACCAACGCCACCAACAACUGCAACAAAUAAAUCAUCACAAGGUGCUUCUGGGCCAGGACAAAAAGACCAAAUUGAUACAGAUCGAUCGAAAAAACUUGGUUUUGAUGAAUAUAUUCAAGGUGAUCCAUGUAAAUUUGAUCAUCAUGAUCUUUUUAGAACAUUACAAACAGCAACACUUGAUUAUCGCUUAAGUGAUCCAUAUUGUUCCUUGGGUUGGCUAAGUCCAGGACAAAGUUACGUACUUGAAGAAUAUUGUUCUCGAUAUGGUGUACGUGGUUGUUUAAGACAUUUAUAUUAUUUAAAUGAUUUACUCGAUCGAGCUGAACAAGGAUUUAUGAUUGAUCCACAAUUAAUUCAUUAUAGUUAUGUAUUUUGUGCUUCACAUGUCUCAGGAAAUAGACCUGAUAAUAAUGUAUCGACAAUUACAAUGGAAGAAAAAGAUCGUUUUAAUGAAAUAAAAGAACGAUUAAAAUUAUUUCUUGAACAUCAAGUUACUAAUUUUAGAUUUUCAUUUCCAUUUGGUCGACCCGAAGGUGCAUUAAAAGCAACAUUAAGUUUAUUAGAACGUGUUUCAGCUAAAGAUCUAGCUACACCAAUAUCUCGUGAUGAUAUACGACAUUUUAUUGGCAAAUGUCUUGAAAAUGCAGCUUAUAUUAAUUAUACACGUGUAUCUGAUCAAGCUAAAAUUGAAGGCGAACGAGAGACACAGCAGCAAACAGAUAACGAAACAGUUUACAAUAGUGAUGAUUCACCGAGAAAAAAAGUUGAUGAUUUAAUUCAUCUAGCUGAAUUAUGUAUUGAAUUAUUACAACAAGAUGCAGAACAUUAUCGAGAAGCAUUUCAACAAUAUAAUGAUUUAAUAAUUGAACAUGAAGAAAUUUUUUGGUCAUUAUUUGCUGUUGAUAUGGAACAUGUUAUUGAUCAGCAACCAAUUGAAAGUUGGGAUUCAUUUCCAUUAUUUCAAUUAUUAAAUGAUUAUCUUCGAAUGCAUGAGUCAUUAUCAAAUGGUCGAUUUCAUCAACAGUUACGUGAUACAUUUGCACCAUUAGUUGUUCGUUAUGUUGAUUUAAUGGAAUCAUGUAUAGCACAAUCAAUACAUAAAGGUUUUGAAAAAGAAAAUUGGAAACCAAAAACACGAGGAUGUGCAACAAGUGAAGAUAUUUUAUGGAAACUUGAUGCCUUACAAUGUUUUAUUCGUGAUUUACAUUGGCCGGAUGAGAUCUUUGGGGAACAUCUUGAAAAACGUCUUAAACAAAUGGCCUCAGAUAUGAUUGAAGCUUGUACAAAAAGAGUAUGGCGUCAUUUUGAAACAUGGAUUAAAAAAGGUGGUUUAAUUGGUGGUACUAGUUCCGAUUAUCUUUUACCAUCUGAAUGUUGUGUUAUGAUUAAUGUUAUACUUGAUUGUAAAGUUCAAGCUUUAAAACUAUGUGCAUUGCAUAGUGGUGAUCUUCAUCAAUAUCAUACACGUAUUGAUGAAUAUUUAGAAAAAAUUUUAAGUGAUAUGUCAAAAGCAUUAAUACAAAAAUUACUUAGUGUUCUUGAUUCUAUAUUAAAAAAAUUAUCACGUUAUGAUGAAGGAUCAUUUUUUGCUCAAAUACUUUCAUUGACAAAACCAAUUAAUGAAGAUGGUCAAGCAUAUGUAUCAUGUGUAAAUGCUAAUUUAGAACAGUUACGUCAAAAAAUUAGUGAUGAAAUAUUUACAUUAACUAUAUUUGAAGAAUGGUAUCGACAACAAACACAAUUUAUUUUUAUGUGGCUUGGAGAACGAACAGAAAUUAGUCUUCAUCCAUAUCAAUUAGCUUGUUUAAUGUUAAUAGUUAAAAAAACUCAUGGAAGUUUUGAAUUACAAGGUGUUCAAGAAAAAGAUCUUAAUUCACAGUUGUAUAAUAAUAGUAUAAUGGAUUUAGUAGAUGUUAUUGAAUUUCGUACAACAUGGAAUAAUGAAAUAUUUCUUAAAAAUAAAUCAGCUUUUUUAGCAGCAAAACGAUUAAUUAAAAAAAGUAUUAUUAUUGUUCAAACACGAUUAUGUCGUCAAUUAAAAUAUACGGAAAAUAAUUUAACAAUUGAAUUACAAGCUAUAGAACAUGAAAAACAAAUAUUGAAUAACUAUCGUCAUUCAAAUUCAUUAGCUGAACAUUUACAACAAAGAUUAAAAAUAUUAAAAAAUGAAAUUGAUAAUUAUAAUCUUCAAAUAAAAAAUAUAGUUAAAAAAGAAAAAGAAUAUUGGAAACAUUUAGAACAAACAAUUGCAAAACGAACACAUAUACAUAAAACAACAACGAAUAAUUUCAAACCUUUGGAAAAUUCAUCAAAUGCUCGCCCAAUUGUUGUUGUCAAUGCUACAUUUGUUAUGCAUGUUGAUAAAAAUAAUGAAAAUUUACCUCCAUUAGAACCUAAACCUUGCGAAAUAGAUAAUACGGCUCCUAUAAAAAUACCUAAAAUUCGUAAAAAGAAAAAAUGUGCAUCGUAG